UCUGUUUCGUAUUAAAAAUGACCUCUCUCUUUCCUUGUUCAGGCGGAUGUUUCCCGCAAUGAGGGUGAAGAUCUCAGGUUUAGACCCACAUCAGCAGUAUUAUAUUGCUAUGGAUAUCGUGCCAGUGGAUAACAAAAGAUACAGGUAUGUUUAUCAUAGCUCCAAGUGGAUGGUGGCUGGUAAUGCUGACUCCCCGGUACCACCUCGUGUUUACAUUCACCCCGAUUCACCCGCCUCUGGGGAGACGUGGAUGAGACAAGUGAUCAGCUUUGACAAACUGAAGCUUACCAAUAACGAGCUGGAUGAUCAAGGGCAUAUUAUCCUUCACUCUAUGCAUAAAUACCAGCCUCGUGUCCACGUCAUCCGAAAAGACUGCGGAGAUGAUCUGUCACCUGUCAAGCCUAUCCCUUCAGGAGAAGGAGUGAAAGCCUUCUCCUUUCCUGAGACAGUUUUCACUACUGUCACAGCGUACCAAAAUCAGCAGAUAACUCGUCUGAAGAUUGAUAGGAAUCCAUUCGCCAAGGGGUUUAGAGAUUCGGGACGUAACAGAAUGGGACUGGAAGCUCUGGUAGAGUCUUAUGCCUUCUGGAGACCUUCACUGAGGACACUUACGUUUGAAGAUAUACCUGGGAUACCUAAACAAGGAAAUGCAGGUUCCUCUACUUUACUCCAGGGAUCUGGCAGUGGAGUGCCAUCUACCCACCCUCACCUUUUGCCGGGUUCCCCUUGCUCAUCUCCAGCCUUCCACCUCAGUCCCAACACUAGCCAGCUCUGUAGCCUUGCUCCAGCUGACUACACAGCUUGUGCCCGCUCAGGCUUGACCCUGAACAGAUACAGCACUUCUUUGGCUGAAACCUACAACAGGCUCACAAACCAAACCAGUGAGACGUUUGCACCCCCGAGGACUCCCUCCUAUGUCGGUGUGUCGAGUAGCACAACUGUGAAUAUGUCCAUGAGUGGCAACGAUGGGGAUGCAUUCAGCUGCCCACAGACUGGCUUAUCUAUGCAGAUUUCAGGGAUGUCUCCACAGCUUCAGUACAUCAUGCCAUCCCCAUCCAGCAAUGCCUUUACCACUAAUCAAACCCACCAAGGCUCCUACAACACGUUUAGACUGCACAGUCCCUGUGCGCUCUAUGGAUAUAACUUUUCCACAUCCCCUAAACUGGCUGCCAGUCCUGAGAAAAUCGUUUCUUCCCAAGGAAGUUUCUUGGGGUCCUCGCCAAGUGGAACCAUGACGGAUCGGCAGAUGUUGCCCCCCGUGGAAGGAGUGCACUUACUUAGCAGUGGGGGGCAGCAGAAUUUCUUUGACUCUAGGACCCUAGGAAGCUUAACACUCUCGUCUUCUCAAGUGUCUGCACAUAUGGUUUGAUGAAGCCUUUAAGUAAAAGUACAGUAUGUUUGGUGUCUGCAAUGUAUUUCUUUUUGGAAUAUGAAAGGACAGUCGACGUAGCUUGUAAAGUGUGUGUGUAUAUAUAAUGUGAGAGGAAGUUUCACCAAAUUUUUGAUUUGCUUGUGGCCAGAUUAUUCUCCUAUUUUGAGUUACACAGAGUUUGUUGCAGCGCAGACUGCUGUAGUUUUCUGGUAUAAUACACUUAGUUGUAUAACACAUUGGGACAUAUGCAACAAAUUAAGUAAGACUUCCUCCCCUUUCCCCCUCCUCUGUUCUAACCCCUUUAAAGAAUGAAAUGACACUUGGAGUAUUAAACAACACAAACAAGCCCACUUACAUUUCCUAUAGUACUAGUGAGUUUCUUUAAAACAUUCAUACAAUGAUAAGCUGAUGCACCAAAGGCCUUUUACAAGUUUCUUCUCUGUUAUAAGGGAUAUGAAGGGUAUUUGGACUUUUAAGUGUUAAGUGUCAAGCAUCCAGCCUAAAAUAGAAGUUUAGCUAAUGGAUUAUUUACAAAGUAAACGGAAAGAUUAGUUUGCCUUCUCAUGAUACGCUGUUUUUAGCUUAUCAACGGCACAGCAUUCUUACUAGGAUUUUUUUUUUUUUCAGCAUUACUCUAGAUUUAUGUUUAGGUAUUUGAAGACAAAUAAUGCAUAUUCAAAUUGUGGUGAUAGGAGUAAUUUAAAUCAGCAGCAGGAGAGGCGUCAUUCCGUGGUACAGAAUGAACUUUGAGGUGCUUCAUUUUAAUCAAAGGAUGGGCGUGAUGCAGUUUUUCCUCCAUAAAUAUUGCCUACAAGACAUUUACUGGACAGUAAGAUAUUCUAAUGUAUCUUUGUUUUUGUAUUCUUACUUUUUUAAAGGAAAAUGCAGGUUUGAUUUAGGAAAAAUAAGCAGGAUGAGAAAUUCCAUUAUUUGUUUUACCCUUUUGUGUGUGUUGUGUUUUGGGUUUGUUUUUAAAAUUUUUUUAGUAAGGGCAAAAAGUCCUCCAUCCUCAGUAUCUCAUAAAUACAUCGCCUGUAGCAAUUAGGCAGAUUGUGUGCCCAGUGUGCCCACAGGUUUUGCUGAAAGCAGAAUUUUGUCACAGCUGCCUCCUUGUAACACGGCCACACUGGGACCAGGAUUACAGUAGACAAAAUUCCUUUAAUAGUUUACUUUGAAUGCUCCAGUAUGACACCUACAGCCUAUGUCCCUCUCUCCAGGGAGCCAUCCAUCUCCCUUUUCCUCCUUUCUGUCAUGAGGUUACUGCUGCUCUGUUUCUCAGUCAGUUUUUGC